GCGUAGGCCUCCUCAAGCGGGUCCCGAAGCGUUGAGAGGAGGCGGCCUCGGAAGGCCGCUAAACAGCCCAUCCCUAAACAGGGGAGGGGUCGGAGAAGCUGGGAAGCAGAAAAUGGUCGAGGGCUGUCCCUGCCCUUGACAUCGAGCCGCCAGAGCCGUUUGGCUGGGAGGGGAAGCGAGCCGAGUGGGCAGCGGACCAGCGCUCCCUCCCGAGACCGUCCUCCUGCUCCCGUCAUAGGGCUUGUUAUUCUGUAGGCAGCGGCGACGGAGGCUGCACGAAGUCUCCCUAUAGGACCGCAAAGGGCCGGCAGCCGCGUCCGCCUCGGUAACAUGCAACUGCGAGAAGAGGAGGAGGAGGAGGAGGAGCAGGCCAAGGUGUGAGGAGGAGCCGCGGCGGCUUCUGCUUUUGGUUUGUUUUGGUUUCGGGCGUGUUUUUUUUUUUUUGUCUUUUCCGCCCUUUUCGUGUUUUGGCUGGCCUCACAGGAGGAGGAAAAUGGAGUCCUUCCCCAGUAGCGAUCGAGUUCAGUUACCUAGAAAUAUGAUUGAAAACAGCAUGUUUGAGGAAGAGCCUGAUGUGGUUGACUUGGCUAAAGAGCCUAGCUUGCAUCCUUUGGAGCCCGAUGAGGUAGAAUAUGAACCAAGAAGUUCUCGUCUUCUUGUACGUGGUCUUGGAGAUCAUGAAAUGGAUGAGGAUGAAGAGGAUUAUGAAUCAUCAUCAGCCAAACUUCUGGGAAUGUCUUUCAUGAAUAGAAGUAGUGGUCUGCGAAGUAAUAUGGCUGGUUAUAGGCAACGUUCAGAUGGAUCGUGUUCUGCUCCAUCCGUAAGGACCACAAUAAUCUGUGCAGUUGUUCUUGUGAUUGCUGUCUCCGUAAUAAUGGCGAUCUAUCUUCUCCCCAAGUGCACUUUUACCAAAGAAGGCUGUCACAGCAAAAACCACACAAUGGAAGAUACAUAUCAUUUGGCAACUAAUGGAAAACCGUUUCCAUGGGCUCAUUUUAGGCUUCCAGAAUUUGUUGUUCCAACACAUUAUGAUAUUGUUCUGCAGCCAAAUCUAACCACAAUGAGAUUUACAGGUUCUGUUCAAAUAACUGUGGAAGUUAUCCAGGUUACUAUGCAUGUUAUACUUCAUAGUUCAAAGCUCAAUAUUACCAAGGUAACAUUUGUUUCACUCGGUUCAAGCCAGCCAAAACCAGCUGAUUUCCUGGAAUACCCAAUGAAUGACCAGAUUGCAAUUAUAGCUCCAGAAGCUCUUCUUGUAGGACAUAAAUAUAAGAUCAGCAUAGAGUAUUCCUCUAAUUUAUCAGACACUUACUCUGGCUUUUACAAAAUUGCCUUUAAGAAUAACAACUCAACAAGUUGGCUUGCAGCAACUCAGUUUGAGCCCUUAUCAGCAAGAGCAGCAUUCCCUUGUUUUGAUGAACCAGCAUUCAAAGCCAGUUUUCAAGUCAAAAUCAACAGAGAAGAUCAACACAUUGCUCUGUCAAAUAUGCCAAAGAAAUCAACCAAUCACUUGGCAAAUGGAUUAUUUCAAGAUGAAUUCUUCGUUAGCUUGAAAAUGAGCACUUACCUAGUAGCUGUCAUUGUUGGAAACUUCAAAUGUACCAAUAAGAAAACAAAUGGGAUUGUGGUAUCUGUUUAUGCUGUACCACAAAAGCUUGGGCAGACUGAAUAUGCCUUGAACACCGCAGUGAAGCUUCUUGAAUUUUACCAGAAUUAUUUUAACAUAACAUACCCAUUUAACAAAAUAGAUCUAGUAGCUCUUCCAGAUUUUCAGGCUGCAGGUAUGGAAAAUUGGGGUUUGAUCACUUUUCGAGAGACAGCACUCCUUUAUGAUAACAAUACCUCUUCAGCAAUUGAUAAAAAGAGAGUGACAGCAGUUAUUGCUCAUGAGCUAGCCCACCAGUGGUUUGGUAAUCUGGUAACAAUGGAGUGGUGGAAUGACCUGUGGCUGAAUGAAGGAUUUGCUACUUUUAUGGAAAAUCUUGCCAUGAAGAUAGUCUUUCCAGAUUUGUAUACUGAUGACAUUUUUUUAAAUCUGCAAUUUAAGACCAUGGAGAAAGAUUCCAUGAAUUCAUCUCACCCAGUUUCCCUUCCUGUCAACUCAUCAGAAGAGAUUGAACAAAUGUUUGAUGUAGUCUCCUACAUCAAGGGAUCUUCUCUCUUGUUUAUGUUAAAAAACUAUCUUCAUAAAGAUGUUUUCCAAACUGGCAUUCAGAUCUAUUUGCAUGACUACAGCUAUAAUUCCACGUGCAGUGAUAACUUAUGGGACAGUAUGAAUAAGGUGACACAUGGAACCCCUGAUAUAAAAACAAUUAUGAACACUUGGACAAUUCAGAAAGGAUUUCCAUUGGUGACCGUCAAAAGGGAAGGGAAAAAAAUCCUUUUGAAGCAGGAAAGAUUUGUGCAUAAUACAGAACUGGGAGAUCAAAUCUUAUCUUCAAGUUAUCUGUGGCAGAUCCCUCUUUCUUAUAUCACAAACAAUGACAACUCAUCCCUCCCCUUGCAGACAUACUUACUGGAUAAAAAGACAGGUGUAAUUGAGUACCCUCAUGAAAUAGAGUGGGUGAAGUUCAAUGUGAACGGAAAUGGUUACUAUAUUGUGCAUUAUGAUGAUAGUGCCUGGAUUGCUCUAAUUAAACUACUGAAGACAAAUCCCAGUAUUUUUGAUCCCAAAGACAGAGCCAAUUUGAUUCAUAAUAUAUUUAUUCUGGCCGGGGUAGGAAAAGUCUCUUUGACCAUGGCUUUCAAUCUAGUAGACUAUAUAGUGAAAGAAAGCAGCACAGCUCCAAUCAUGCAAGCUUUAUACCAAAUCAGACGUGUCUUCAAUUUAGUUGAGAAACGGGGAAUGCUGGAUCUCUCAGCCAGAGUGUUGUAUAGGAUUGAAAAAUUAUUUGGAGAGAAGAUUGACCAAGAAACAUGGAACAAUAAUAAGACCCUCUCAGAACUAGAGCUACAGUCAAUUCUACUAAAUUUUGCCUGUUCCUAUGAUUUAAGAAAGUGUAGUUCAGUUGCUUCUGAUCAAUUUAAGACGUGGAAGGACUCCAAUGGGACAAUAAGCUUGCAGACAAAUAUUAUGAAGAUCAUAUUCACAGCUGGAGCAAAAACUGAAGAUGGCUGGCAAUUUCUUUUAAAAAUGUAUUCUUUUGUGGAUUCUGAACCAGAAAAACUCAAAAUUCUUGAAUCACUGGCCAGCACAAGUGAUGUUAAAAAACUCAUCUGGUUAAUGCAAACAAGCCUGCAAGGAAUUGUCAUCAGAUCCCAGGAUCUUCCAACUGUCAUAAAAACUAUCAGUCAGAAUUUGCCUGGACAUUUAUUGGCAUGGGAUUUUGUCAAAGAAAAUUGGGAUCAUCUUAUCAAAAAGUUUCACUGUGGAUCAUACACUAUUCAAAGCAUUGUAACUUCAACAACGAAUCAGUUCUCUACACUAGAACAUCUGCUAGAGGUUAAGUCAUUUUUUGAAUCAAAGUCAGAGGAAACUGCUCAGUUGCGGUAUGUCCGAGAAGCUAUUGAGACAAUUCAACUGAAUAUUCAGUGGAUGGAGAAAAACUUGGCACUCCUUGAAAAAUUGCUAUAGUAAUCACAAUUCUCUUAUAGCUUGUAUUAAUCACUAGGAAUGCUGCAACUCUUGGUCUUUUGCUUUUGCAAAAAAAAAAAAAAAAAAAGUUAAACAUGAGCAAUGCAAUCUUUGUUUUUUGCACUGUGAGAGAGGGUUGUAGUUAGCUCAGGGUUAAUCUCUUCUGAAUUGGCUCUCUUUGGAGUAUUUGUGGACGAUAUAAUUGCUAAUAAGGGAAGAGCUCAUUUUGAUCAGAUAUUUACAUCAAACAAGGAUACUAUAAUAAGUUUUAAAAUUUAAGUACAGUUCCCUUUCAUUGUAGGAAAAUGGAAUUCCAUUUCUACUUAUAGAGUACAGUUUUACUUAAUGAAAAAACAAGAGAGCAAGACAAACACUCCUGAGACCUGCUUUUUCUUUGCAAAAUUCAGUUUGGUCUUUCUCACUGUGCAUAGUUUCCUGAAUUGUAAAUAAUGUCUCUGUUGUAAAGCAUUUUUUAUCACCAUUAUAAGCAGUGGCUAAAAAACAAUAAGGUGAAUAGGGGAAGUAAAAAGUAAGAUUUGGGGAGUUCUGGGUGUUGAUUUAUCUAGGUAUUUUCUAGAAAUUAUGCAAAUAUGAGAAUUUUUUAAUUUGUCUACAACAUGGCUAGAUAUUACUAGUACUGUGUACUGAAUAAGUUAAAUUACCUUUUGUAAACAUAAGUAAAAUGUUAAGAGAGCUAUGCUGAAUCUGACCAUAGAGGUUUUCAAAAAGGUUAUAAAUUAUAGGUUGGAGAAUGUUUUAUACAGUUUUCAGAAUCCAGUUUUGUUUCUCCAUUUGGUAUAGCUGCCUAAAGUAUAUAAUACACUGAUUCAGCAAUUUCAGAAUUAUUGGUUUGGGAGUUGCCUGGUUUUAAUUCCUUUCAAUACUGACCUGAUGUUUCCCAUUUUUCUGUACUGAGAUAUUUCUGAAACUAGAUCAUGCCUGUGCUUUGACCAAAGUAAUUAUUUGUUAAAUCAUGAGACAUGCUGUUUGUGUCAUCCAUCCUUGUUCUAAAACCUUUCACCAAAAAUAAAGCAUGCCAUAUUAUUAUAAGAAAUUAUCCCAUACUUGUGAAACUCUUCUACCUGUGCUGACUUUUAUAGUAAAAUAAGAAAUUGGCAUUUGAGACAUUAUUGUCAACAAUAUUCUAUGUUAACCAAUAUAAUUCUAAAAUCCCCCAUUAAAAUAUUACAUUAUAAGAAGAAUCGAGAGAAAUAGAAACAGAUGAAAAAAAAUGAAAUGUGUUGAUUUAGGCCAGCUUCCCCAACUUGAUGUUUUUUAAGUGUUUUAGAACUAUAAAUUCCAAAAUACUUAGCUAUCAUGUUGAGAUUUUCAGUUCUGGGAUUUGUAGUUCCAACACAUCUUAAAGGACACCAGAUAGGUAGUGCCUUCAAUCAUUUGAACAGCUCUAGAGUACUCUAGAGUAGUUUCUAAAUUUGUUCCUAUCAAAGAGGAUAAUCUAAGAACCUCUUUCUUCAAGCAAAUGUGAACUUGGAAAGGUAAUGGAUCCAAUUUGGUGCAGCUUUUGAGACAUGUCUUUUUUUCAGGAUGGGGGGGGGGGGAAACCAGUUUUCCCUGAAAUGUAUAUAGAUUCUACUAUAAAAACAAUCAGAAGAUGGUUCUUUAGUUCAACAUUUUACUACUGAUUUUACUUCAUUUUUCAUGGAGGAUUACAUACUCUGGAACAUUUUAGAUCUCAUUAUUUCUGUGCCAUAAAAUCCAAUGUUUCAUAAAUCAGUAUUGGGUAGUGUGUUUACUUUCUUCAUAGGUAUUCCAAAAAUUGAAUAUAAGUGUGGUAAAGCUGAUAUGACAUUUGUGUUACAAAUAAUUCAAAGUGAAGGACAUUGCUGAAGAAUAUACUAAAUUCAAUGUCUGAAGCACUUUGGGGUCAAUAAGAAAAAGACAGUUUUCCAGAUUAAGAGAAUCAUUUGAAACCAAUUCUGCUUAGUUAUGAAUAUAAUAUAAAAACAUAAGUUAGAUAAGUUGUUUUCAAUUAUAUUUCAACUAUAUUGAAAACAAGGAAAGAAAAAAAAUCUAGUUUUAGUACUUCUGACUCUCUAAUAUACUGUUUUCAUUGCAAGUGAAUAGCUCAACUCUUAAUUUUGGUUGAAAAUAACUCAUCUUGAUACCCAUCAAAAAUGAAAAUUGUCUGACUUCACAAUGUGAAGAACAUCUAACCUGGUUGUUAGAGAAUGUGACGUUUGCUAUAUUUCCCUCAUAUGUUUUGUUUGCCACUUACAUUUUUGUAUAUUUCCUUGCUCCCUCCCUCUGCUUGUUUGUUAGAUCAUCUGACUCUUAAAAUCAUAUGUAGUUGUAUUUGCUACUGGAAAUGUGAACUGGACUUGAAAAUGUAGCACGCAUAUAUUCUAAAUUAGAAUAUUUUAUUUUAAAUGAAAGCACUGAUAUUUUGAAAAUACUUUCAAUUAUUUAUCUUUUUAAAAAUAAUAGUGGCUUGAUUUUGAUUUACAUUUGAUUAAUUGUGCUUAAAUGGAGAAACAUAUUUUAAAAUAAUGUAUAGAUUUGGAUUUGGUCCUUAUCAAAGCAGUUAGUACACUUAUUUGCUUCCAACAAAGUUUGAUUUCCCAAAAUGGAUGAUCUGGAAGAGUUGGAUUUUCUGUACAUAUGUAUUUGUAUGUAUAGUGAAACCAUAAAUGAUAGGUAUUAUACUUUAAAUAUAAUUGUCUUGAAUCCAUUCAGAAGAAUUUUGUGUAAUAGAAUGAAAUGCUUUUAUCCAGUUCAAAAAUUAGGGGUGACUUUAAUAGAAUAGAGAAUUUUCUACUACAUCAAGAACUGAUUAAAGUAAGUUGAAUGUUCUCAAUUUUCUUUAUGGCUUUUUAGCUUAGAAAUACCUGAUUCUAAAUCUUGAUCAAAGCUUCUGUGUUAUUUUGAAAUCUUAACAUCUUCUACAUGUAACCUGUUGGAAGUGGUAGUGUAUUUUGUUUUGAUUUUUCCCCUCCUAAAAUCACUUACUUUACUAUAGAAAUGCAGUGUAGAGUGAUACAAACUAUAUACUGUACGUCCAAUCCCCCAAUUAGGUUCAAAGCUUUCUAUAAUAGAUGAAAUUGGUAUUGGGGAAAACAUGAAUGAGAUCAAUUGGUUUUGUUUUCAAUCUGUUUGAAAACAUAGUUCAUGUGCCUUAAAGUAUAAGUAUUGUAAAAAAUAUAUAAUGGAAGUCUAUUUUUCUUAAAAGUCCUUCAUAGUUAUGAAUCUCCAUAACCUUGAAGAUUAUUGAGAGCUAUAAUGUUAGCACUUAAUCAGUGAAGGAAAACCUUUUUGUUCAACUUAUCAACAUAUCCCUUUGAAUGACUAAAAAACAAAACAAAAAAAUGAUUUUGGUCUUUGUAGCCAUGAGUCCCACAGAACUUUAAAUAGCCAAGGGCAUUGUAUAUGAAUGGCUAGUUUGUUCUCUUUAGUGUUAAGAACGUAACACUAUAUUUAAAAUACACAUGGAGCAUUGUGUGUUUUUCUAUAUGUUUGCAUUGAAGCAUUUUAUUAAAGAAAUAAUUAAAUAAGGUUUAUCCCAAUAAUUUUGCUUUGUGGAUAAAAUGUAUAGCUCUCUAUAUUUGAAGCACAUCUUUUAAGUCUACAAACUUUGGAGAAAUACUCUAUUUGCAUCUUAAAUAUGUUUAUAUAUAUAUGCAUACCAAUAUAUGCGUGUAACAUUGAUAACUUUUCUGCCUAUUUUAUUUCACAUUGAAAGACUAGGCCUGUCUAGUAUAUCAUCAUAAUCAACCCAGAAGUUUUAGUUGUGGUUCUCAAAAACCAUUUUUUUUUCAAUAUGUUUGAGGAGAAAAUUACUAGAUACAUAUAACAGGAGAGUCACUAUAGUAGCUAUAUUUAAUUUUUUUUAAUAUAAAGGAAAAUACAGUUUUUAUCCUGUCUCUUCGUAUUAGAUUUUGGAGGCCCAAGGCGUGCUACCAAAAGGCCAAAUAUAACUCUUGGUCCCCAAAAAUAGUCCAGACCCACUGUACACAUGUAUGUGCCUCUUUCUCAAAUGUUGCACUGGAUAUGGGGAAGGCAUACACUAAGAAGAAUAGGAUUGGUAUGUUUGGUCUUCUCUCUACAUAUUUGGCUGAAUGCAGAGUUCAGUAUAUACAGCAUAAAGUAUACCUACUCCAGUAUUUAGAAUCAGGUUUUGUUCUCUUUGAAAUAGGUGCCAGACGUAAAACCCAAAUUUGUAUUCAUCCUAGAAUUCAAAAUUAUCAAGUUUGAGCACUAUAGUUUUCUUCUGACAUUGGGAGACAAAUUUCUCCUGGGCCAUUUUGUGAUCUCUAUGGAAUUUUGAAAAAAAAAUGCUAUGCAUAGUAAUUUAUCGUUUAACUUGUGGUUUUGGAAUUGGUGAGAGUGUUCCAAAUAAUAUUUUUGAAAAGAGAGUGCAUGAUGGUUGUAUAGGUAUAUGUAAAAGGGCCUUAAAAGUGCAGGUUUCAGCUAUAAAUUUGUACAUAUGUAGCCAUAUUGUGGCUGUAAUUCUGUCAAAAUGUACACAAAGCAAUCCAGCCACUUAAAAUUGCCCAUCCUCAAAGUAAUAUUUUUUUUUACUUCAAAUAAUGAAACUGCUUUAUUUUUGAAUGCUCUCAAAGCUACUAUCUUUUAACUGUAAAUGUAAUGUUAGUUUCUUUAUAUAGCUGUGGGAGAUGGAAUUCAUGUAAUAGAUCUUGCUGCUUUUAAAAACGGCCUGCUCCAUUACAGGUGAAAUUGGACAUGCACUGUGAGGCUAAUACUUGAAAGAAUGUGGCCUUAUUUUAUUUUAAUAACAUUAUGUUAUAUAGGAUGCUGACCCUUAUAUAUUUAUAUGACUGUCUUCCACCUGUUCUGUGUUAGAACAAUCCUCCCUCUAAUGAUAGACUGGCUUUUAAAAAUCCUUCUGGAAGAUGUUAUCUUUCACUGCACUCUGAACUUUUAAAGAUUGCUUCAUUUAAGAAUACAUUUUUGUACAUAUUUCACUAAUGGUUGCCCUCAUACUGAUGUUUAGAUAUAUGCUACUUAAUUUCCACUUCAAAUGCUAAUUGAUAGUCCUCCAAAUAUGCAUAUAGCUUUUUAAAAAAUGUUUGCUGAUGUUUUAUCCAUUAUAUGUUUAUAAUGUUUUAUCCCAUAGUAAGAUAUUUAGCCAAUUAAAAAUGUUGUUUUGCCAUACUCUCAGGUCUUGAUAUUUAAGAACUUAAGCCUCCUAGAAUAUUACUAAAACCUGCAAUUUGCAGCAGAAAUGCAGAUCUUUACCCAUGACAUCGCCGCUUUGAUCAAAGCAAUGGUUGAGCAUCUUUUUUAGGUUAGUCAUGGCACAUGUAGCAAAUUACUGUUGAAAUAUAAGAGUUACCUUGAUAAAAUGUGCAAGACUAUGAGGAAGUUGGAAUGAAUGACUUGAGAGCUACUGAACAGUUUUAAUUUACAGGGUCUUAGAAAGAAUGGAUUUAAGAGUAAAUUUGCACCAGAUCUGUGGAGAGAUUGUAGUUCUGUUGAUAACAGGAAACUGGCUUAAGUAAUGGUAACAUCAAAGCAGUUCUGGAAUAUCAAAUAUUAUUGGACACUGAAUGGGAUUAGACUUCUCUGUUGAUAUCUUUAUAGAAAGCAUAGCAUACAUUUUUUAUCAAAAGAGUAACUCCAAGUUGUACAAUAUUUGCUUUGAAGAAGAGUAUUUUAGAAAACAAGAUGUGGUUUGUGUCUGUAUAUAGAUAUACACAUUAUAUGCAAAUCUGUGGGUUUCCUUAAUAUGUAAAGGACAAAUGAAAGCCUAUUUUCUUAUACUUUGAAUAAAAUGGUGUGUGUAUAACCAGCACUGACUGAAUGGCAUAUAUAUUGCGAACACAAUUGCAUUUUUUGUGAAAUAAAAAUAAAACUGUUUAAAUAUUA